AUGACCUACAGCUGCUGUUCCGGAAGCUUCUCCUCUAGAUCCUACGGGGGUCAACUACACUACCCCUACUCCUCCUGUGGCUCUUCCUACUCCCGCCACCUGAUCAACAGCUCUAACUUCUGCUCUCCCAGGAUCUUCCAUCUGGGCUCCUCUCUCCACAGUGGCUGUCGUCAGACCUGCUUCCAGCCCAUCAGAUGCCAGACUUCCCGUGUGGUGCACACCUCCUGCCAGCGGCCUUGCUAUCGCCCAACGGUCUCCAGCUUCUGCCGCCCCUGUAGGACCACAUAUGCUGGCUCUCUGGGCUUUGGGUCCAGCAGUUGCCAUUCCCUGGGCUACGGGUCAAGAAGCUUCUACACUUCAGGCUGUGGCUUCAGUGGCUUCAGACCUGUGAGUUAUGGAGUUUGGGGUUACCCUUGCUCUGGCUAUGGAUCUAGAUUCUGCCACCCAACCUAUGUGAUUUCCCGAAACUUCCAGUCUUCUUGUCACAGGCCCAUCUGUGGAUCAGCCAUCUACAGAUCAAGUUGCUGA